AUGCCCGAUUUAAUCGCGAUUUCACCACGCGAGCUCGCCACGAUCGCUGCCAAACAAGCAUUUCACCAAGUUGAGUUGAACCCCGAUGGCCGCAUCGGACUCGACGAAUUCAAGCGAUGGUACUCGAGUCCCGGCAGCCACGGCGCGGCAACCGCUCUCCCAUCGAACCACCUAUUUACCCUUCAAGUAGCCCGCCGUCUCACGCAGCUCGAACGCCAUGCCCCCGACACCGUCUUCGAAUUACUCGCCGAUUGUGCCGACAACAAUGGCAACUUGACCAAAGAUGCGUUCUCCGAGUGCUUCCAAGUGCACUUUCUCACGACGACGCCCGACGCCCGAUCGAUUGCGGCGAUCCACCGUCUGUUUGAUAUUUUCGAUGCCGAUGGGAACGGCACAGUCGAUUUUGCCGAGCUCGCAGCCGGCCUCAGCUUGCUCUGCGGCGGUGGGCGCGAGGACAAAGUCCGCGCCGCGUUUGUCUUGUACGACUACAACCAAGAUGGCGUGAUUUCGCUCGACAAAAUGGUUCGCUUGAACGUCACGAGCUGGGACUUCUUCUAUGCGUGGAUCUUCCUGUACUUCUUUGCCGCGAUAGGCGUCAUCUACUUUGCGUGGCAGCGGCUCAAAGGUGGCCUUUCCGAGACCCUCCGCGUCCGGCUGCGCGUCCUCACUCGGUCACGACUUGAGUAA